UUGGUCACCGUGCCCUGGUUUACCUGAAGGUUUGCUCUGCUGCUUCGGGUGGGGAGUUGAGAGACGGGGAGAGAGGGAGUGAAACACACACACACACACACUCUGCAAGGUCAGCGAGCCUUGCACUGAAAACGAGCUGAAGUGUUCACUACUAUCUGCCGUUUUACCCACCGUAUGCCGUUCUAAAAUUGAAUUAAUCCAGAGUAACCGGCAAAAGAAAAACAGAUUUGAACACUUGCUGCACUUUUCAAACAUCAAUUUCCCCAACUGACAUUUGUCUUCGAAGAAGCGAGACAGCAUCGACUUAAUCACUUUGCACUGGAGUCCCAGUGAUCCUUGCAAUUAAGAAUUAACUACCUUGACUUUGUUAUCAUCAGUCCCAUGCUGAUGUGUAUUCCUUCUCAACCUCACGAUUGGUUCAAAAUGUUUCAUUUGACGUGUUGCAAUCUAUAAUAAUUGCGUUUGAACCAUCAAACAUUCAUUUGGCGAGAAUGGAGGAAUAUGUCCUGCCGGAUUUAAAAGAACUGGAGAUCAAGAUGGGACGUAAGAUUCCCGAAAGCCUGUUACGAUCACUUAGGGAAGACCAGCCAUGCCGCCGCACAGACGAUGAGGUAGCUCUUUCUACCUCGGGAACUUUGAGUAGCUGCAACGCGUUGGAGAGAUUGGAAGCUAAGAUUCAGGUAUUGAAGCUGGAAAUGGCUUGUCUCAGGGCAAUUGAUGUCAAGCUGAUGCAUCAGUUACUCACCAUCAAUGAAGGUAUUGAAUCCAUCAAAUGGAUGAUGGAGGAGAAGGGAACAUUGGCCAGCAGGGCCAGCAGUUUGGCAAGUAGUACCUACAGCUUGAUGGAAAGCCAGAACACCUCACUGCGAGGCAGUUGGAACAGCUUGCAAGAGGGUGGUGAUGGACUUGACUCAAUUUCUGUGGGGAGUUAUCUAGACACACUGGGUGAUGACCUGCCAGGUCACCGCACACCCUCGGACAUAGAUCCUUUUUCAGAUGAACAUUUGACAAAAGAGUCACUGAAAAGUGAAACUAUCAGUAAAGAAUCCAAAGAGGACUCUGAUGAUGGAUAUUAUUAUUUUGGAUAAGUUACUUGAGACCAAGAAGAUAAUGUCUCUGCAUUAUCUGUGUUAUUGAGUUUAUUUCUAACUUUAAUGAUGUGAAAUAGUUGAUAUAAAUUAAACAGAGGAAAUGUAUAUUGGAUGACUAAUCUGAUAUCACCUAUUUUACAGUACUGUCCAUAAUCAGAAUUCACUACAUUGAGAUUAUGUUGCCAUAGUAACUUCAGUGCAAAGGACAAUGUGAGCAGGGAUAUUUUGAAAUAUUAGAGUAAAGUUUCUGUACAGAAUAACAUCACAGACUGGAUAGAAACAGUAAAACCAAUGCAAAAGAUUGAGGUGUGUUGAUAUAGGAGUUAAAACUAAAAUUAUUAACUUUUGUGUAGCUUUCAAUCUUUCACUCGGGUUCAAGAUUCACUUUACUUAAAUGAAGCUCGGUCAGAAAACUGGCCAUUCAAUCUGAAUUAAAUAACACAGCUCUGCUGCUUGCGCAGAUUCAAGGAAGGCUGCAGUAAUUUCAGCCAUGGUUUCAUGUUACAUUCCAUUUUUUUAAAAUCAUAUAAAAGAAAUCAAAUUGACUAAUAUAAAUCUACAAAAUGGUCCAACAGUUCAAAAUUAUUAAAUUGUUCAGUAUAGUUUUUAAAGCUACUUUCAAUUAUCUUAAGUCAGGUGACUUAUAGGUGUUGGUCAGGAGACUUUAAAAUGCUAACUUCUUAGGAAUAGUUAAUAAAUUAUUCCAGAAUAAAUGAAACUAAGCCAGGUUGCUACUAUAGGAGACAUUUUAAUAGAGAUGAGAACAAAAACAGAAAAAAAAGCAUUCUGUUACACCAUUCAAUUGUACUCUCUCAUGUUUCUGAUGAUGCAGAUAUUGGUAGAUAUUGGAUAUUGGUAGAAACUUGAACUGUACUCUGAUCAGUGAUUUUUUAAGUGCAUUUUAAAUGCAAAUUUCUAGUUUUAGCCAAAGUAAACAAUUCAGUUCAUUUUUUUAAAAGAAUAAGUUUAAGUUUGUACUUGGUUUUCCUUCACAUUUCUACAAGUGGAAGGGAAACAAAACAAAUGUGUAUGAGAAGCACCAAUUGGUAUAAUUUAUUAAAAUCAAAAGGAGUGGGAAUGGUUUUUAUUACAACUCAGCAUAAAACUAGACAAUAAGAAUGUUUUCUUGUUAUUAUGGAAUAUAAGAUUAAACGGAAAAAAGCAAUAAAACUGUUUCCUGAAAUUA